ACCACAGGGCAGUCAUGUAAUUCACAACAACCUGCUUCUCCCGUUGUAAGUAGAUCUGACCAAAAUAUAGAGUCGGUAAAUAAUACACCGGGAAUCUCUUUACAAACGACAGCAGUGAGCAGCAGUUGCACAGGAAUAUGUUUAGCGCGGCUACUUCCACCUCCUGUACCAUCGGCAUUAAUUUUGAAUCCAGUAGCCGUUGCUUCUCUGUGUGAGGGGAUGGAGCAACAGGAACAUGGAAAGCUAGAUGAAACUGAUGCAAAUAAUGAUAAAUCGGCUAAUAAAUACGAAAUCAAUUCUCGAUUUCAGCAGUCUUUCCCCUCAUUGAAGAUCUCUGUUGACAAUGAAAAGUCAAAUGAAGAGAAAGGCAAACGUACAGUAGAACAGCACAGUGAAGCAGAAAAUCAGCAUCAUAAGAGUGAUGACUGUCAAUUAGGAAACAAGAUAUUACAUGAUGUUGGAUCUCAUGAUUCUGCAGAUAACGAAUUGAGUUCAAUUACGUCAAAUCGGAUUGAAGAGAUUGCUAAUACUUUGGUUAAUGUGCUGCAACAUCAUUCCAAAGCAUCCACUUCAACAACAUUUAGUACUCCCUCAGAUGUUUUGAGUGGUGCUCAUAAUAGUCAUUUAUCAAAUCGGUUUAUUCAGAAAUCAAACGAUGAUGUAUUCUGUGCUAAGAAUUCUAGCAGAGUAUCUUCAAAGCGAUGCAAAUGGCCAUGGGGUAAUGAUCCAAUAAAAAAUCACUGUGCUAUUCCAUUAGAUGGAAGUGCUAAUCGAACCAAGGAUCCGCGGCAGCGACAGCAAAAAGCUGAGCCGCAUUCUGUAAUUAUAUUAUCUUUACCAAAAUUUGUUCAUGACCACCAUUCAUAUAUUAAUAAUGCACAAAAUGCAUUCCCGGAUUCAUUUCGCUCUUCACUGCAUCAAAAACGAAAUUCGAAGCGCUCAAAAAUCAGAAACAUGGUACAAUUAAGCAAUAGUCCUUCACCGCAGAAUUUUGCCGAAAGGCUGGCGCAUUCAUCAGUAUCACGAUCGGAAUCAAGUAAUAGCGAAGUUAUGCUUUCUCCGGAUCUCUCAUGUUCUGCUACACAAAUUUCAUUAGUAGCAAGUACAAUAGAUAUAUUUGGAGAUACGUCUCCCGCCAAUAACUCGAGUGCUUAUCGUGAACGCCUUGAUGCAUUAGCUGCUACAUUUCAAAAUAUUGAGCAGAAGUUUCAGAAAACAAAGCAAAAUUCCAACUUGGAUUACGACCGGAAAGUAUCUUUACAACGCAUUUACAAAUUUGAGGAAGAGUUGGAACGAUUAAAGGCUCGGACUGUGCCAUCUUCAGCGGCCGCCAUUUCGAUAGCAUCAACUUGCUCAAAUCCCACAUCUAGUACAUAUUCAGAUUCAUUUCCGAAAUCGCGAAUGAGUGGCAAUGAGACCACUUCGACUACGGAUUCCAGAAAUGUAGAAAUUCAGAAGUCAAGUCGCAUACCUCUCUCGGUUUCGAUCCCACUUCAAUCAUUUCCAGUAUCGUCCAUUACUUCCUCAAUACAUUUGGCAUCAAUCUGUUGUACUAGUAAUACCGCAUCAAAUCUUCCAUCACCGCAGUUCACCAAUGCAUCACUGAGAAAACCUGUGAUUAUAAGUUCAUCACAGAAUGUUAAUAAUCAAUCAAAUCUGCGUGUUACUUACCCUCCCAACUUCUGCAUCCCACCUCCGCCGCUCCCCCAACCUCCUGUACCUCCAACACUGUCUUCAACGACAUGUAAGCCUGCACCAGUUGGUACUACAUUGAUCUCAGCUCCACCACCACCGCCACCAUUGAUGACUGACACAACUUUUCAUUCAAAUGAUUCUUCAUCUUCAAAUCAUAUCUCAUUGCUUCAACCAUCUCGUGCUUCCUGCCCUCAAAUGAACUUACUCUCAUCGUCGUGGAAAAUGGCAUCAAAACCAUCCACUCCUCCACCUCCUUCAGUGCAUCCUUUCAUUACUCCAAAACAAUUUUCUUCACCGAUCAGCACACCGAAAUCAGUAUCAGCAGGAUCAGGUAUUACAGCUGCAGAAGUUGGCAAAGUGCAGGCUUGGACUCAAGGAGCUGACAAAAUACAAAUAAAAGACAAAGAGCAUGUGAAGAUGAGUUCAAAAUUACUUAUUCAUGAGAAAAAGGUGUCAAAGGAUUAUCCAAACAAGAGGCCUUCAUUAAGUGAAUUGUUCCGGCAACAAGCUCAAGACUCGUCAAAAGUUCGAAAAAAACAAUUCAAGAAAGUGCCAGCAGACGAUAGUAGUGAACUGAAGCAUGAUAGAUCUGAAGUGAAGCAGGACAAGCCUUCUGAAGAAAGCCAAAAAGAAACUUUUGAAAGCGCGAAAGACAAAGAGCAUGUGAAAGCUGAAAAAAAAGAAAGAUUAAGCCAACAGAAAGUCGAGAAAGUGAGUGGUAAGAAGCAUUCUGAUGGCAGAGCGUCACAAGAAAGGAAAUCGAAAUCCAGUCAGCUCAAGCAGCGUAAGGACAAGAAUGAAAAGGCUGAAGUAUGUGAAACAAGCAAAAAUUGCGAUGAAGGGGAAGAACAUGACAUAGAAAGAAAAGCUGAACGAUCGGUAGAAAAAAACAGCAAAAGAUCUAAACAGAAGGAAAAAGAAAAACGGUCAAACGAUUGCACAAAAAAACGGCAAGAGGAACAGUGUAAAGGGAAAGAACAAGAUAGAAAAAAGAAAGAACUGAUGAAAAGAAGGAAGCGAAAGAAGGAAUCAAGUACAAGUUCCAGCAAAGGAACUUCAUCGUCAGAAGUAGAGUUGCAUUCAUUUGAUCGAGAACUGAAACGACUAUUUAUGGAGGAGGAAGCUUCAGGUUUCAUGGGUUUGUCAAUGUAUGAUCGAGUAAAGCAACGUUCGUCGUCUAAGCCAGAUGAUAUGGCUAGAAAAAAUCGUGCUUUAGAACUAUUGCAGGAACGGACUCAAAGUCGACGCAAUGAACAAAAUCGACCAAAGAGAGUGCAGCUUGAGAGUUCGUCGUCCGACGAAAACAAUUUGUCAGACGGCCAGGAAUCUGACAACUCUUCCGUCUGCAUUACGAGAACUCGCGGUAGCAAAAAAAAGAAGCCGGGACAAAAGCGAAAGGCAACCAAAAAGUCGAGAGCAGUUGUGCAGAAAAAGCCGAUUACUGAUGAGGAAACGGAAUUCGAUAAUGAAGAGAGCGAGGCUAGUUAA